AUGCGCCGUUUAAUGCGACACCUCGUCAAGCGCCACGUUUCCCCCAUGGCGGUGUUCAGAAUCCUCAUUGCCUUCUGUAUCGCUACAAUAGUUGUCGUCCCAGCUACGGCGUUUUACCUCCCGGGAAUGUACCCCAAGGCACACGCUCCUAAUGACACUCUGAACGUUAACGUGAACUCCUUGACGUCUAACGAGACCGGACUGUCGUUUAGCUACUACAGCCUGCCGUUCUGCCAGCCAGAGGAGGGGAUACAGCGACUGGACGAGAAUUUCGGCGAAGUAUUGAUUGGCGACCUGAUCGAGAACUCGCCGUUUAAAUUCCGCACGCUCGUCAAGCAGCGCGCCGUGAAAGCAUGUGACGUGGGUCCCCUCACCGAAGCCGACGUGGAAGAUCUCAAGUCCAAGAUCGACGGCUUUUAUCACGUCAAUUUCCUCCUGGAUAAUCUCCCAGUUACGCUCUUCUCCCUAGAAGACAACGAAGGUGAUAUUCUAACCGGCAUCCCAAUUGGUUAUAAUCACAACGGCCAGUACUACCUCUACAAUCACAUCCUUUUCAAGGUCCUGGUGCAUGAGUACGUCGAGUCGCCCGCCGCACUGGCCGGAAUGUCGAUGGGGUAUUCCUCCGUUGACGUUUUCCCUCAGGAAGAGAGCUACACGGAUCAGGGCUCAUCCCCAAACGGCACGGCAGUAAAGGGAUUCGUGGUCGUGGGCUUCGAAUCCGCGGCUUGCAGCAUCCGCCGCUCUCCGGAUCCCGAAAUCCCGCGCUACUCGACGCUCGAUCCGAUCGACUGUUUCAGAGGCGAUCCGCAGCCCAUUGCUCCCGGGGAAUCCAUUGUCGUCUCCUUCGACGUGCUGUGGGAGAAAAGCCCGAUUCAGUGGGCGAGCCGCUGGGACGCGUACUUAAAGAUGCGCGGCGAUAAGGUCCACUGGUUCUCCAUUCUCAACUCCCUCGUCGUCAUCUCCUGCCUGGCCGCCGCGGUUUUCGCGAUUCUCCUCCGAUCCGUGCAUCGCGAUCUAGCGAGGAUCAACAGCAGGGACAAGGAGGAGGCCCAGCAAUUGGCGGACGAAAGCGGGUGGAAGCUGCUGGUGGGGGAUAUUUUCCGGUCGCCUCCGCAUCCCGAGGUGCUGUGCAUUAUCGUGUCGAAUGGCUCGCAGCUGCUGUGCAUGGCAGUGGUUACAAUCUUCUUUGCAGCGUUGGGGUUCAUGUCUCCUGCGUCCAGGGGUGCUCUGCUUAUGGGCAUGGUGCUCUUUUACCUGCUUCUCAGCGUCGUUUCUGGUUACGUCGCCUCCCGUAUGUGGGUAGCACAGGCGCCGUGCCGUUCUCUCUGUUCUCCUACCUCUUCCUCCUCUGGUUCCCUGCUGUCUGCCACCAUAUUCCUCUGCUACUCCCUGCUCAUGUCGCUGGCGAUUUUCCUCGCAACUGGGACUAAUGGCGGCCCAACGGAAUACCACACGCUCACGCGCUUUCCCGGCAUGCCAGCGCGGCUGGUAGCAGCAUAUUACACGGAUUGCACAUACCACCUGCAGCACCAGUGCGACCCCGUGCUGAAAGCCUUCUCCCCGCUCUCCGCCUGCCCCGUCACGGGCGUGCACAAGGGCAGGUUUGAACGAAAAUACCCGCUCUGUGCUGCCCGGGAAUAUGUCCUGGCUUGGAAGGUGUGGGAGAUGUGGGGGGGUUGUGGGGCAGUGAGGGGCGGUGGAGGAGCUGGAAUGGAAAGGGAGGAGGAGGAAAAAGGGGAGGAGGGAGGGGUGAGGGGAGUGGAAGGAGGAGAGGUGGUGUUCUGUGUGACGAAGGCGAUAGAGGAUGAGACUGUGCCACGGAAGUCGAAGCCGAAGCGGGUGGAUAUUUACAACUGCGGAUGGAGAGUGCAGGAUGUUGUCCUGCCAGACGGGCGAAAAGCAGCCGAGAUUGAGAUGGUGGUGCGAGAUGACUGUGGCAUCCAAAGGGACAUGGCCAAGAUGGCGUUCAGGCGCGGCGCAUGGGGCUACGUCUGCAACACACUCGCACACAUCCGCGGGUAUGUGCAGCUGCACCCGCACCUGCUGCUGCCUCCACCUGCUCCCCCCUCGGCUGGGUUUGAGGCGCUGCUAGGGGAGAACAGUGUGCAGUCGCAGCAGGAGCAGGAGCAGCAGGAGCAGGAGGAGGAGGAGGAGCGGGGGGAGGAGAUGGACAGGGUGCAGCAAACCGUGUUGUUAAGCAAGGACGGCAGCAGCAGCAACAGGAGCAGCAGAGUUGUUGACCAAGAUGGCAUGUUCCCUGCAGGAGACGCCGCAGCAGCAGCAGCAGCAACGGGUGUUGGUGCACAGGCAGAAGUGUCGUCGUCACUAGCAGCAUUGUCGGCUUCAACAUCUGGAGCACGUGAAGCAGGUGCGGCUCUCAGUCGGUCCCUCGCUGCCCAGGCAUCGCUGCCACGCCUCCUGCGCUUCACACCCCGCCCUGGCCUCUCCCUCUCGCGUGCAUUCAGCUGCCUCCGCUUCGCUGCUGCUGCCACUGCUGCCGGAAUCGGCAGCAGCAGAAGCAGAAGCUUCUUCGCUGCGACCCCAGAACCAGGCUCCUCAGCAGCACUCUCAUUGGCGUCAGCAUCAGGGCCGGGAGGCUCAGGACUGGGAUCAGCAGCAGCAGGGGCUUCAAUGGCCCGAACUUCUGAUGGUAAACGAGUGCUGCUGCUGAGAGGGGUUGUGCCUGUAGUGGCAGUGGCAGCUAUGGGGCUCGGUGUAGGGGGGUUGCUUGUGGUGCAUUGCGGUGCGGCUGGAGCAGCAUCCAAGGUGCUUCUUGCUUGCACCCUGAGGUCCAUGUGGGUGGGGGCGCAGCGGGAGAGUCCCCAGGAAGGCCCCUCUCAGGCUGGCCGCAAGGAGGCAAGGAAAUAA